CGUUAGGUGAUACUAAACAAACCCAUGUUAUGUUUCCUUCUAACAACCCACAAACAAUACGUAAUAUUCAUGCAACUCAAUUUCUUUGGUCUGUGGUAGAUAAUAUAUGCCAAAGCCUAGUGAUAUGACAUAAGGAAAAACUUCAUUUUUUUUCCUCCAAGUUCCUUGCACUCUACAAUCAUUCUGUUAACAAAGUGUAUAAAUUCCACAAUGACUUUCACUAACUUAUCCAUUUCAUGAGUAAAUGUUUGUAAAUUUGCAUAAUUAUGCAAAAGUGGUAAUGUCUCCUUUGGAUUAAAUCUUCACUUUUGCUUUUGAUAUCACUCCAAAAGACUUGUUAUAAAUAAAGGUACUUUACGUGAUAUAAAUUCAUAUUCAUUUCUUAUUGUUAUCUAAUGUGGGACUUUGUUUAUAUCCUAAUAGUAAUUAUCCUCCUUAGAAAGUUACAUUAUUGUUGAUUGAUUAGUGUAUGAUGCAGUGUAUGAUGCAGUCAAUGUACUAAGAACAGUGGAUAACUGUAUUUUGUUUUUGUCUUUAACUACUUUGUGAUUACGGUAAAUUGAGAUUUGGGUUCAAGAAACUUAGCUUCAAGCUAAAACUUGUGAUGGCAAAUACUUCAAGCUUGGAUUGUGUCUGCAUAAAUGCAAAGUUACACAAGUUUUCCAACUUUCAAUUACAUUCCAAGUAUUACAGCUGUGGAGGAAACUCCUAAGCUCCUCCAUGGAACAAUUGAAGCUACCAUCUUCAAUGCCUCACCUUACUCACCUUUAUUUCCCUUCAAUUGUUUAUGUAGAAAUGGAAAGCCUGCUUAUGUGACUAUAAAGAUAGACAACCAAAAGUUUGCAAAAACCAGUGAAGAAAGCAACCGUGUGUGGAACCAAACCUUUCAGGUUCAGUGUGCUCAUCCAGCUGAUUCAUGCAUCACCAUUACACUGAAAACAUCACAUUCUUCCAUACUGGGGAAGUUCCAUAUUCAGGCUCAGCAGCUGUUGAAGAAAGGAGGUUUGAUCAAUGGGUUGUUCCCUCUCCUCAUGGAUAAUGGAAAACCAAACCCAAAACUUAAGUUGAAGUUUAUGCUUUGGUUCAAGCCAGCAGAUUUGGAACCAAGUUGGGCAAAGAUGUUGAGCAAUGACUGGGAAUUUCAAGGGCUGAAGGAGGCUAGCUUCCCACUAAGGUCCAAUUGUCAGGUUAAACUUUAUCAUGAUGCUCACCAUUCUUCAGCUUUUCAACCUCCCUUUGAUCUAUGUGGAGCUCCAAAGAAGCUAUGGGAGGAUGUCUAUAAAGCCAUUGAGGGUGCAAAGUAUCUAGUUUAUAUUGCAGGCUGGUCCUUCAAUCCCAUGAUGGUUCUGGUUAGAGAUCCUCACACAGAAAUCCCACAUGCCAGAGGUAUUAAGUUAGGUGACCUGUUGAAGAAGAAGGCAGAGGAAGGAGUGGCUGUGAGGGUUAUGCUUUGGGAUGAUGAAACAUCUUUACCCUUUGUGAAGAACAAAGGCGAAUUGAACAACCAAGAUGAGGAAGCUUUUGCUUUUUUCAACCACACAAAAGUAAUAUGCAGAAAGUGUCCCAGAUUACACAACAUGUUCCCAACACUCUUUGCUCACCAUCAGAAGACUAUAACAGUGGACACAAAACCUUCCAAAUCUGUUGAUGACAGAGAGCUAAUGAGCUUUGUGGGUGGGUUGGAUUUGUGUGAUGGAAGAUAUGACACAGAGCAGCAUUCAUUGUUUCAAACACUCAUUAGGGAAUCUCAUUGUUAUGAUUUCUACCAAACAAGCAUUGAAGAAGCUAGCCUCAACAAAGGAGGGCCAAGGGCACCUUGGCAUGAUGCUCAUGCUUGUGUUAUUGGUGAGGCUGCCUGGGAUGUGCUAGCCAAUUUUGAGCAAAGAUGGACAAAGCAGUGUGAUCCUUCUUUUCUAAUCCCUUCUAGCACCUUGGCAAAUCUUAUGCCAAAUACGAGCUCAAGCAUUCCUAGGGAGAGGAAUUGGAAAGUUCAAAUAUACAGGUCAAUUGAUCAUAUCUCAGUUAGUGAGUUGUCUACAAAGUCAACUGUGGAGAGAAGCAUCCAUGAAGCUUAUGUUGAAGCAAUUAGGCGUGCUGAAAGGUUUAUAUACAUUGAAAGCCAGUAUUUCAUUGGAGGAUGCCAUUGGUGGAAGAAAGAUAGGCACUGUGGUUGUACUAAUCUAAUUCCCAUUGAAAUUGCACUGAAGGUGGUAAGUAAGAUUAAGGCAAAGGAGAGAUUUGCUGUGUACAUAGUCAUACCAAUGUGGCCAGAAGGAGAACCUGAAAGUGAACCUGUUCAAGAUAUACUGCAUUGGACUAGAGAAACAAUGGCAAUGAUGUAUAGGUUGAUUGGAGAAGCAAUACAAGAAAGUGAGCAACAGGGACACCCCAGAGACUACUUGAAUUUCUUCUGUCUUGCAAACAGGGAGCAGAAGGGACCAGGAGAGUAUCUUCCACUAGAUUCACCCCAACCUGAAACUCAAUACUGGAAUGCUCAAAAGAAUAGGAGAUUCAUGGUUUAUGUUCACUCCAAGUUCAUGAUAGUGGACGACCUAUACAUACUGAUAGGAUCAGCUAAUGUAAACCAAAGAUCCAUGGACGGGCAAAGGGACACUGAGAUUGCAAUAGGAUGUUACCAGUCUCAAGAUGAAGAUGAUAAUCAGGAAAUGAACCUAGAUGAAAUUCAAGCAUAUAGAUUGUCUCUAUGGUAUGAGCACACAGUGAGUGUUGAUGAGUUGUUCUUGGAGCCAGAAAGAUUGGAAUGUGUGGAGAGAAUGAGAUCAAUAGGAGAUGAAAUGUGGGAAAUCUACAGCAGUGAAGAGGUUAGAGACAUGGAAGGUGUUCACCUUGUGAGUUACCCUGUGAGAGUAACACCAGAAGGGUAUGUGAAAGACCUCACUGACGGAGUUCAUUUUCCUGAUACAAAUUCUCUUGUCAAAGGCAAAAGGUCUAAAAUAUUGCCUCCUAUCUUUACCACUUAGAUAUAAGGUUGAAUUAUCAAAACAAAUCAACUAGUGUUCUAAUAAAUGUGAAGGAAAAAGAAAAAAACAUACAUGUUUUACUUUUUGUUUAA